CACCCCCAGCCAAUCACCGCGUUGUAGUCCAACGAAUUUCUUCCCAAAUCUGAGGCCAGGGGGCCAGGGCCCAAGCUUGUGACCGUGAGCGAAGGUUGGGGAAGAGGUACUUCCGAAACUCAGGAGCUCUCCAGGCUUUUACUGGCAUUCCGAGGCAGCCAGCGGGUAGCGGCACUCAGGAGCCCCGCAAGGUAGGGUGCGCAAUCGAUGACGAGACAGCGCUAGCAGGGAGCACGUCCCCUUCAGCUUGCCGUAGGCGCCAGAGCACACGACCACGUGACUCAGAGCUGGGCUAUGGCGGGCCCUAGGCCGUGGUCCCUCUUCUGGGAGUGGGGUAAGAACAUUAUCUGCGUGGGAAGGAACUAUGCAGACCACGUCCGAGAGAUGGGCAGCACGGUACUCCGCGAACCCGUUAUCUUCCUGAAGGCUUCCACCGCGUACGCGCCCGAAGGCUCGCCGGUGCUGGUGCCCUCCUACUGCCGCGAUCUGCACCACGAGCUGGAACUAGGCGUGCUUAUAGGCAGGCGCGCCCGUGCUGUCCCCGAGGCCGCCGCCAUGGAUUACGUGGCCGGGUAUGCCCUGUGUCUGGAUAUGACCGCCAGGGACGUGCAGAAUGAGUGCAAGAAGAAAGGGUUGCCCUGGACCCUGGCCAAAAGCUUUACCUCCUCCUGCCCGGUCAGCGCCUUCGUUCCCAAAGAGAAAAUCUCUGACCCUCACGCCUUGAAACUGUGGCUCAAGGUCAAUGGCGAACUCAGGCAGGAGGGCCAGACAUCUUCCAUGAUCUUUUCCAUCCCAUACAUCAUCAGCUAUAUUUCUAAAAUAAUACCCUUGGAAGAAGGAGACCUUAUCUUGACCGGGACUCCAGAGGGAGUUGGGUCAGUUAAAGAAAAUGAUGAGAUGGAGGCUGGCAUAGACGGGGUGGUCAGUAUGAGGUUUAAAGUGGCAAAGUCAGAAUAUUGAGUCUAUACAAAGUGGCCUAACUUCUUAAGUGUCAAGACAAAAGGGAGCAAGACUUAGAAGCAUGCAGAAGUUAUUAAAUAUGACAAUCUUUUCAUAGAAGCCACUUGUACAAAAUGAUUUGAUUUGACUUGUUAGCUUUUAAUCACAAAAAAAAUAGUCCCUUCUGGAAAAACUUGAUCUGGAAGAGCUGGGACAGAAAUGAGAACAACUAAACAAGAUUUGGGAUGCAUUCUAGGAAGAGAAUAUAUGGAACCAAACCAAAUCUUAAUUUUUCCCUAAAACUGAACUGAGUAAGACUUUUCAACACGUCAUUCUAGGAUCAGUUGUUAGAGAGAAAUCUGCAAAGGAAACUAAAUGUUAUGUUCCAUUCAAACUUCUUUGCUUUUGAUAGUCAUCCAGAAGUACUUGUAAAAAUAAAAACUUUCAAAUCAUUGACCCAUCCUGGGCCCACUGAAUUAAUGAAAUUUCCAGGGAAAUUGUUGACAGGACACAAGUGAUUCUUCACCAGAGAAAUAUGGAAAAAACACUACUCCACAUAAUCAAUUUUAUUUGUUAGAUGAACAAUUGUUGAAGAUCUCUCCUGGGUUACUUAGAGUAACUCCCUGGUUUGUAUGUUGAUUUGGGAAGUGAUUUUUGAAUAUAUUAUUUUCCAAAUAAAUAGCUUCCUUUUGUGUGUCUUAAA